AGUGAGUUCUGUACCAAAACCUGAUCUUAUUCAUGUACCAAAGGGAGAACCUGCAGAAGUAGUUAAGCCUGUGCCCAUUGCCUCUGCUGUUGCACCCAAAGUCACUGCCACGGCCAGCGUGGCUUACAAUAAGACACCGAGGCCGUUUGGAGCUGUAACCUCCUCCAAAGUCACCUCCAUCCCAUCACCGUCCUCCGCCUUCACCCCGGCCCAGGCGACGGCGGCGGCGGCAGCUCCGGCUGCUGCCCCGCCCGCCGCCGCGCACAAUGCCGCCUCCGCCGCCCGCGGCGCCCAGGACGGAGCCGAGGGGCCGCGACGAGGAUUCGGAGAAAACCAGGGGGAGAGUAAACAGCAAAAUGGCCCCCCACGGAAGCACAUUGUGGAUACCUAUACAGAGUUUUACCACACACCCACCCACAGCGAUGCCAGCAAGAAGCGACUGAUUGAAGACACCGAAGACUGGCAUCCCCGGACAGGCACCACCCAGUCCCGCUCUUUCCGCAUCCUUGCCCAAAUCACCGGCACUGAUCAUAUGAAAGAACCAGAACAUGAAGCUGCAAAGAAGACUAAAGAACUUUUGUUUGAGAACCCUUUGGAAGCCUUACCCAAGUGUGCACCUCAUCCCCCUGCAAUUGUUCAGGUUUUAAAUGCCAGCAGCCAAGUAGCCACAGUGUCUAAAGUGUCAUCUUCUUAUACUAGGAAAGUAACUGUGGAGUUGCCUGCUCCAGUUGCAGCAAGUGUUUUGACAGUUGGUAAAGCACCUCCUCUUCCCGCGAAGUGCACCGUGGCCACGCAGACCUCUGAGCCUCCCCUGCCCGCCACCGUGGCCCAGCGGCCGCCUUCUGCAGCUCCACCAGUGGAAAUGGCCCUUGGGCCACCUCCCGCUCCUGCCAGACUCUCCGAACCUAGUGUCUACCGCUCGCUCUUGGAUGCCCUGCUCAUCACACCUGUCACUAAGCCUCCUCUGCAGGCCAUCGGGCCCUCCAGGAAGUCCACGAGUGCUCUGGAGUUGCAAAAGAGCAAGAGCACCCCAUCUGCUGCUGCCCUCAAGCCAACGGGACCCCCGGGUGCUGCCAAGUACUCGGGCUGGCAGCCUGCAAACCAAGCAGCUCCUGCCAGUGGAUGGACAUCAAACAGCAUUAAACCACCUGGAACAACUGCCCCGAGUGAAAAAUCUGCCACAGCACCUCAGCUAAAUGAGCAAGACACGUUGGUUCAGAGGGCAGAACAUAUUCCAGCGGGAAAGCGUACUCCCAUGUGUGCACACUGUAACCAAGUCAUUAGAGGACCCUUCUUGGUGGCUUUGGGGAAGUCUUGGCAUCCAGAGGAGUUUAACUGCGCUCAUUGCAAAACCUCCAUGGCUUACAUUGGAUUUGUGGAAGAGAAAGGAGCGCUGUAUUGCGAGGUCUGCUAUGAGAAAUUCUUCGCCCCUGAGUGUUCAAAGUGCCAGAGGAAGAUCCUUGGGGAAGUAAUAAAUGCUUUGAAACAAACUUGGCACGUUUCCUGCUUCGUGUGUGUGGCCUGUCAUAACCCCAUCCGCAAUAAUGUCUUCCACUUAGAAGACGGCGAUCCCUACUGUGAGACGGAUUACUAUGCUCUCUUCGGGACUAUGUGCCAUGGCUGUGAAUUCCCUAUCGAAGCUGGAGACAGGUUUCUUGAAGCUCUGGGCCACACUUGGCACGACACUUGCUUUGUAUGCUCGAUAUGUAGUGACAGUUUGGAGGGUCAAACUUUCUUCUCCAAGAAGGACAAGCCACUGUGCAAGAAACACGCUCACUCCAUCAACAUCUGAUGCUUGGAGCUCAUCUAGUGUAACAAAUGUACUGAGCAGAAAGAAAGGUUAAAAUGUCCCUGUUCAAUAAUUGGUUAAAAUUAUUUAUAUAUGGGUGUUUUUUUUGAAAGUGGAAGAGGAAUGUGGAAACUU